GGGGCGCGGGUGUGAUCGAGCUCACGUAGAGGGCUGCAGCCGCCGCCUCCCCUGCGCGGCCGUGGCGGCCUAGAGGUUAUAAAAGGGCUAACUGGCUCCCUCUGCUGCCCAGUCGCGCCGCCAGCGGACUGAGGGAGCCGAGUUGGUAGCCUGCCCGGGUACAGGCAACUGGAACUGAAGAGCCGGCCGCCCUCCUGUCCCACUGCCCAGGUGUGUGAAUCUGAAAAGUUAAGUUGGUCAAGAUGAUCUGGUGUAUUUUAGUUACAGGGAUUCUACUUCCCCAGUCUUGGGCACAUCCUGGCUUUUUUACUUCAAUUGGUCAGAUGACUGAUUUGAUCCAUACUGAGAAAGAUCUGGUGACUUCCCUGAAAGACUAUAUUAAGGCAGAAGAGGAAAAAUUAGAACAAAUAAAAAAAUGGGCAGAGAAAUUAGAUCGACUAACAAGUACAGCAACAAAAGAUCCAGAAGGGUUUGUUGGGCACCCUGUAAAUGCAUUCAAGUUAAUGAAACGUCUGAACACUGAGUGGAGUGAGUUGGAGAAUUUGGUCCUUAAGGAUAUGUCAGAUGGUUUUAUCUCUAACCUAACUAUUCAGAGACAGUAUUUCCCUAAUGAUGAAGAUCAGGUUGGAGCAGCCAAAGCUCUAUUACGUCUCCAGGACACCUAUAAUUUGGAUACCGAUACCAUCUCAAAGGGUAAUCUUCCAGGAGUAAAACAUAAAUCUUUUCUAACUGCCGAGGACUGUUUUGAGUUAGGCAAAGUAGCCUAUACAGAAGCAGAUUAUUACCAUACAGAACUGUGGAUGGAACAAGCAUUACGGCAGCUGGAUGAAGGGGAGGUUUCUACCAUUGAUAAAGUCUCUGUUCUAGAUUAUUUGAGCUAUGCUGUAUAUCAACAAGGAGACCUGGAUAAAGCCCUUUCCCUCACCAAGAAACUGCUUGAACUAGAUCCUGAACAUCAGAGAGCUAAUGGUAACUUAAAAUAUUUUGAGUAUAUAAUGGCUAAAGAAAAAGAUGACAAUAAGUCUGCUUCAGAUGAUCAGUCUCACCAGAAAAUCACAUCAAAGAAAAAAGGGGUUGCUGUGGACUACCUACCAGAGAGACAGAAGUACGAAAUGCUGUGCCGUGGGGAGGGUAUCAAAAUGACCCCUCGGAGACAGAAAAAACUCUUUUGCCGCUACCAUGAUGGAAACCGGAAUCCUAAAUUUAUCCUGGCUCCAGCCAAACAAGAGGAUGAGUGGGACAAGCCUCGUAUUAUUCGUUUCCAUGAUAUUAUUUCUGAUGCCGAAAUUGAAAUUGUCAAAGAUCUAGCAAAACCAAGGCUGAGGCGAGCCACCAUUUCAAAUCCAAUAACAGGAGACUUGGAGACGGUACAUUACAGAAUUAGCAAAAGUGCCUGGCUUUCUGGCUAUGAAAACCCUGUGGUGUCUCGAAUAAAUAUGAGAAUACAAGAUCUAACAGGACUAGAUGUUUCCACAGCAGAGGAAUUACAGGUAGCAAAUUAUGGAGUUGGUGGACAAUAUGAACCCCACUUUGACUUUGCCCGGAAAGAUGAGCCAGAUGCUUUCAAAGAGCUGGGGACAGGAAAUAGAAUUGCUACAUGGCUGUUUUAUAUGAGUGAUGUCUCAGCAGGAGGAGCCACUGUUUUUCCUGAAGUAGGGGCUAGUGUUUGGCCUAAAAAGGGAACUGCUGUUUUCUGGUAUAACUUAUUUGCCAGUGGAGAAGGAGAUUACAGUACACGGCAUGCAGCCUGUCCGGUGCUAGUGGGGAACAAAUGGGUAUCCAACAAGUGGCUUCAUGAACGUGGACAAGAAUUUCGAAGACCAUGCACCUUGUCAGAAUUGGAAUGACAAAUAGGCUUCUCUUCCUCUUACUCUAAAUUUGUCUGAUACGUGUUUGCCAACCUUAACGUUCAAGAGUUUACAACUGAGUAACACUCCAUGAUCGAUUCAGUCAUAAACCUCAUCCCAUGUUUCAUCUGUGGACAAUCACUAACUUUUGGGUUUUCCUUUCUAAAAGUAACACUAAAUCACCACCUGUACAUAUAUCACCUUGAAGUUCAAUUAGUAUCACAGAUGAUAAAGCAAGGCAGAGUUAACAAUGUGUAAUUUUUACAUUUGUUAUAUUUUAAAGAACUUUCUGGUUGACAAAAACUUUCAGCAUCUGAUUAUACUAUUUCACUACAUCUCAGUAGGUAAGUGGUAGUAGACUAGAAUGGGCCAUGUGCUUAAGGAACUGAUGCCUUCCACGAUGUACCGAGGUGAUAUGUUACCUACUCUUACCUUUUUUAUUUUCUAGAUCUGCCUGAAGACUUAAGAAUAAACUACAACUAAUCUGGGUUCUACAUAGUAUUUGCCCCACUCAUAAGCUAUUUUAUUGGCUUUAUUCUCUCAAAUCCUUUUUGAAGAAAAUAUACUGUAUUUACAAAUCCCCUUUUUUCAUAGAUUCUCUGAGGAAUUAAAUCUAUUUGAGUUAAAAUAAAUUUUUUUUCUUUUUAAAGUUCUGCAUGACAACAUUGGGCCUUUUUAUCUAAAAUUACUAUCGUUAAAUCUGUUUCUUCCUUUUUAAAAGUUAAUGAUUUUUGUCCAUAAAUUUGCUGUUUUCUUAGUGCUAAUACUUUACACCUCUUAGUACUAACUAUAGUGAGGUGGUGAUACUGGUAUUUUCUGAUUAAUAUUGUGCCUUAGGAGACUGGAAAUUAAAAAAAAAUGUACCUAUCCUUUCAGUGAUGAGGGAACUGAUAAAAGGAGUAUUUUCCUAAAAAGCCAAAAUGUUUUUCAAUUCUGAAAUGUAUUGUGACAAUGACCUAUUUAUGAUCUUAAAUCUUUUUU